GACACGGAGAAGAAGGAAGAGGGUGGAAGAAGAGAAGAUCAGCCAUCUUCGUAAGGUUGAAAUCUGCAGCGCAGUGAUGCCAAGACAUUGCUCAGCAGGCGGCUGCAAAUCUCGAGACAACCGUGCGACUCGUAAUGCUGGUAUCACCUUUCACAAAUUACCAAAAGGAGCAACUCGGAGGAAGCUCUGGAUCACCAACUCCCACCGUGCAGACUACUGGGAUCCUCAGACAGAUUUCGUUUACUUCUGCUCCAAACACUUCACCCCAGACAGCUUCGAACUGACUGGAUGCAGUGGGAUAAGAAGACUAAAGGAAGAUGCAUUUCCUACAGUAUUUGUUUCCUCUUCAACCACCAUAUGCAAAAGACAAGGAACACUGCAGAAACAAGAAGACAUUCCUGUCAGGAAGAAUCCUCGCUCAGACAUCCAGGAGAAAGCUCAGCAGGAGACCGACAACUAUCAAACUUCAAAAGAACCCACAAUUCAGAAGUCAGUUGCAGCAGUUGAGGAGAGUAAUUUAAACUUACCUGCAUCUUCUCAAGAGCCAUCAGGGAUGGAGUACUUCUCGCAGCAUGAAUGUAGUCCAACCUCAGCACCAGUGUCUCGUCCCCUGUCCCCAUCACGUUACAUGAGGCGUUUGCCCCGUCCUCCAGGCUUUUACCUGCCGAAGGAGCACAGCUAUGCUCAGCUCUGCCCACUGCUGUGGAGGAGACGUUACGACCAGGCUAUUGAUUGCUUGGAGAAGGCUCUACGGCAACUGCACGCCGCUAGGCGGAGGGAGAACCGCCUUCGCAGCACUGUGCUGAGGCUCCAUGACAAACGGCUAAAGCACACUUACCUUGUGUCACAACAUGGUUUUAAAAACAGGGGAAACUGGACACAAGUGGGGGAGGGGAGACGAGGCAAAGGAGGAUCUAGCCAGGAGGAGAUUGAGAUUGAUGCUAUAUCUGAGGACAGAUAUGUGGAUCAGACGGAGUUGGGGAAUCAUUUUCUUCCAGCUACUUAUAGCUGGUCUCAGAGGGAGAAUGGAUACUGCUUUUACUGUGGAAGAGGGCAGGCGCAGGUUGGUAGUCAAGUAGCACAGAGAAUUUUAAAGACAGGGAAAGAUGUCCAGCCCACAGUGCACAAGGACUCUUUGCAGAAUCAGAGACUUGUUGAAACCAGUACUUAUGGCACAGUUGAAAAUGCCAAAGACACACAAAUAGUCAGGCUGAAAAGCCCACCUGGGAAAAGUAUAGAAACCAUUGACUCAAAUUCCAAAGGCCUGCUCCAAACUCAAGGUCCUCAACAUAUGAUCCCUGCUGAAGUGUCUGUGCCUGAUACUCAUGAACAGAGUUUGCAGUUUUUAGACUCUCAGCAGAAGCUGCUCUCUGACAAUUGUGAGGUGGAGACUGAAGCUUUUGGCCAGGGGCAUCACCUGGAUCUGAAGCUGCAGCAGCUGUUGUGGAUACAGGAAAGUUUGGAGGGACAGGUCAUUCUAGUGCCUGUCCCAUCUGAAGAUGGAUUACAAAGCGUUUUCAAGACGGAGGGAGUUCCUGAUGAAGCACAAACCAUACUUGUGUCAGAACUGAAUCUUAAACGAGACGUCGGACACAUGACAGAGAACAGCGGAGUUCUGUCCAGAGUUCUAACAACCUGUGAUGAUGAACACAGGGACCAGCAUUCUGUUAUCAACACUACACUAGUGGAAAUGGGAGAAGAUGUGAGGGAGAAACUUAAAGAACACCUGGAGGGAUUUCACCUUCAGCUGAGCACUGAGUUUAUAAACUGACAAGAUGUUCUGAAUGAACACAACAGAGUGACUUUGUUACCUCAAUUAUUAAUUUGUGCCAGUUUUUGAUGAGUAUGCUGUGUAAUGUUCAGACUUAAAUCAGUGUUUAAGAGUAGGCUUGGCCUCUGGUAUAUAUGAGAGCAGACAUCGUGAUGUUGUAGAGCAACAAACAAUGAAGGUAGUUAAAUUCAAAUCUGGAAGAUCUCUGCUUUAAAUCUCCUAUGGCGAUAAACAGCAAUUGCAGGGGUGUUUUGGGAUCUCACUUCCCAGAGAUUGCCGCUUGUGAUUUUGUCAAAAUUCGCCAGACACCUAGUUCAUACUAUUGCAAAUGCAAGUGCUUUUAACAGUGGGCCAUAGUGACUUAAAACACAUUUAUUGAAAUGAAAAUCUUUGAGAUUAUUACUUUAAGACAAAUUCAGUGCUAAGCCACUUCAGGGAAGUGCAAAUCAAUGGCUAAAAGGGUACUUUUAUGUGCUGAACCAAACCAGCAGUGAUUAUAUUUACCAACAAGUGUGUAUAUCCAAGCCUGAUUUAUACAUAUAUCUAUGUACCAUGGAGCUCCAUUGUUAGAAACACAUCAAUGAGCCUCACUGUUGCAUUAGUUGACAAAAUGAAACUAUAUAUUUGUAAAGAUUAUUUAUUCUGUAGGAGCCUAUGGGGUUGGAGUUGAAACAGUCGGGUCGGGAAGUCAGAAAGUAGACUUUAUUACACAUUCAAUUCAAUUAAUUUCACUUGUAAAGCCCAAUAUCACAAAUUUGCCGCAGAGGGCUUUACAAUCUGUCCUCUGACCCUCACAUCAGAUUAGGAAAAACAACCCAAAACAAUCCUUAAUGGAAAAAAGUAAGAAACCAUAACCUUCCUUAAUUUUGAAAUCGUAAAUAUUUCAAAAACAAAUAUUCACUUGGGAAAAGUAUAAUACGUGAGUAAUUCAUAAGUGAGAAACAUGGAGGUAAAUCUAACGGAUUUACCUUAAUUUUAAUCUGAUGUAAAAUAAAGGCAUAAUUGCAUUUUUGACUUAUUUCCCUCCUAUUUUUAAAAAGGUCAACUGUGUUAGAAGAUACCCAUGUGUUCUCAGAAUUUAGCAGGAGCCAUAUAUUGUAUGGUUCAUAUAGAACAGUGCAAACUUUGUUUGUGGAUGUUUCUAUCAUGUCAGGGAAUAGAAAGCGUUAUAUCUACUUUUCUGGCUGCAUUCACAGUUAAAAAUGUCUUUCAAAAAAACACUGAAAGAAAACAUUUGUUCAUGCUAAAUAGUUGAUGGUCAACUAGGGUCAAUUAGAUGACCAGAAUUCAGCUGCGGAUUGACAGCUGUCACUAAAAUGUAAUGUAAUGUAGGUGUUUCUCUGUGAAGUUUAUGCAACUAUUGAGAUAUGGGGAAAAUAAAAAAGUAACAAAUAAUAAAUGCGUUUUAUUAUUAAAAACACGGCUAUUGUCUCUAAAUUGUUGUGCUUAUAAAGUGAUGAAAUCUUGUGGCCAAUCCACUACAGCUAGAGAUCACAGUUAAUUCAAGAUUCAAGAAAAAAAACUGUUUGAAACAUAAGAAAUGCAUCACAACCUUAAGAAAUGCAUCACGCAUAAGAACAUAAGAAAUGCAUCACAACCUUG